UUCAAGCUUCCUUGCAUGUGUCAGCCAGGCUCCAAACCUCGAUAUGAAAACUCAUGUUUGUAUUUGCAGUGAGUGGUUCCCAAAGUGUUAGCCUGUCGGUGGCUGCCAGUGAGAUUGUAUUCAAACACAAUACACGUUAACGAGACAGUGUUUUAAGUUGUUGUUUAUCGUAUUUUGGUAAUUAAUGAAGCAGCUUGGCUUCUGGGUUGUAGCCGCGUCCUCGGCGAAUAAUUCACCGACGUUUCGGUCGACAUUGCAGUCGCCAUCAUCAGGGAGCAGUUACCUACUGAUCAAUAUCAGGUGGGAAAAUUUGUGCCCCAACAGCAAAUGCAAGAGAGGUAUCGGAAUAAAUUCACGGGAAAAUCCGUUAAACGAUGGCGAUGACAAGAAAAUGGAAUAACCAGUAUUGGUGUGUAUUGAUGUUGCGGUAUAUGGCACCCGAGUGCGCGCCUACAAGAUGUGCUUAGUGUGGGACUGUCUCGUCGCGGCAGCUCCUGCCUGCCACUGCGGUCAGGACACGUCCAUUGGGCGGCCUUGUUCUCCGGCUCGUGUUACCAGCGACCAGCCGUGUGUGUGUGGCCGCAGUCCAGUUGUGCAACCAGCAGGGUCUCCACAGGUGUAACCCGGGGUUGUCGCCAUGACGACCGACAUCUCUCUGGUCCGCUGGGACCCGACCCUGCAGCAAGAGAUAGAGGACUAUGAGUACGAUGGUGGCAACUCAUCGUCGCGCCUCUUCGAACGAUCGAGGAUCAAAGCCUUAGCAGACGAACGAGAGAGCGUCCAGAAGAAGACCUUCCAGAAAUGGGUGAACUCCCACCUGGUGCGGGUGAACUGCCGCAUCGGCGACCUGUACGUGGACAUGAGGGACGGCAAGAUGCUGCUGAAGCUGCUGGAGGUGCUGUCCGGGGAGCGACUGCCGCGCCCCACCAAGGGCAAGAUGCGCAUCCACUGCCUGGAGAACGUGGACAAGGCGCUGCAGUUCCUGCGGGAACAGCGAGUGCACCUGGAGAACAUGGGCUCCCACGACAUCGUGGACGGCAACCCACGCCUGUCGCUCGGCCUCAUCUGGACCAUCAUCCUCCGCUUCCAGAUCCAAGACAUCACGAUAGAGGAGACGGACAACCAGGAGACCAAGUCGGCCAAGGACGCGCUGCUGCUGUGGUGCCAGAUGAAGACGGCCGGCUACCACAACGUGAACGUGCGCAACUUCACCACGUCGUGGCGCGACGGCCUCGCCUUCAACGCCAUCAUCCACAAGCACCGGCCGGACCUCAUACAGUUCGACAAGCUGUCCAAGUCCAACGCCAUGUACAACCUCAACAACGCCUUCACGGCCGCGGAGGACAAGCUGGGACUCACCAAGCUGCUGGACGCAGAGGACAUCUUCGUGGAGCACCCCGACGAGAAGUCCAUCAUCACGUACGUGGUGACGUACUACCACUACUUCAGCAAGAUGAAGCAGGAGACGGUGCAGGGCAAGCGCAUCGGCAAGGUGGUGGGCAUCGCCAUGGAGAACGACCGCAUGGUGCAGGAGUACGAGGGCCUCACCUCGGACCUGCUGCGCUGGAUCCAGGGCACCAUCGCCGCGCUGGGGGAGCGCGACUUCGCCAACUCCCUGGUCGGCGUGCAGCAGCAGCUGGCGCAGUUCAACAACUACCGCACCGUCGAGAAGCCGCCCAAGUUCGUGGAGAAGGGCAACCUGGAGGUGCUGCUGUUCACGCUGCAGUCGCGCAUGCGGGCCAACAACCAGAAGCCCUACACGCCCAAGGAGGGCAAGAUGAUCUCCGACAUCAACAAGGCCUGGGAGCGGCUGGAGAAGGCGGAGCACGAGCGGGAGCUGGCGCUGAGGGAGGAGCUGAUCCGCCAGGAGAAGCUGGAGCAGCUGGCCGCCCGGUUCAACCGCAAGGCCAGCAUGCGCGAGACGUGGCUCAGCGAGAACCAGCGCCUCGUGUCCCAGGACAACUUCGGCUUCGACCUGGCGGCGGUGGAGGCGGCGGCCAAGAAGCACGAGGCCAUCGAGACGGACAUCUUCGCGUACGAGGAGCGCGUGCAGGCGGUGGUGGCCGUGAGCCAGGAGCUGGAGGCCGAGAACUACCACGACAUCGACCGCAUCAACGCCAGGAAGGACAACGUGCUGCGGCUCUGGAACUACCUGCUGGAGCUGCUGCGGGCGCGCCGCAUGCGGCUGGAGCUGUCCCUGCAGCUGCAGCAGAACUUCCAGGAGAUGCUGUACAUCCUGGACUCGAUGGAGGAGCUGAAGAUGCGGCUGCUGUCGGACGACUACGGCAAGCACCUGAUGGGCGUGGAGGACCUCCUGCAGAAGCACUCGCUGGUGGAGGCGGACAUCAACGUGCUGGGCGAGCGGGUGAAGGCCGUAGUGCAGCAGUCGCAGCGGUUCCUGGACCAGGAGACCAGCGAGGGCUACCGGCCCUGCGACCCCGCCAUCAUCGUCGAGCGCGUGCAGCAGCUUGAGGACGCGUACGCGGAGCUGGUGCGGCUGGCGGUGGAGCGCCGCGCGCGCCUGGAGGAGUCCCGCCGCCUGUGGCAGUUCUACUGGGACAUGGCGGACGAGGAGAACUGGAUGAAGGAGAAGGAGCAAAUAGCGUCGCAGGGCGAGAUCGGCCACGACCUCACCACCAUCAACCUGCUGCUGUCGAAGCACAAGGCGCUGGAGGGGGAGAUGUCCAGCCACGAGCCGCAGCUCAUGGCGGUGGUGGCCGUGGGGGAGGAGCUGGUCCGGCGGCAGCACUUCGGGGCGGACCGCAUCCGCGACCGCCUGCAGGAGAUCCUGGGCAUGUGGGACCAGCUGCUGAAGGUGGCGGCCCUGCGGCGGCAGCGCCUGGAGGAGGCCGUCGACUACCACCAGUUCUUCGCGGACGCGGACGACGUGGACAUCUGGAUGCUGGACACGCUGCGGCUGGUGUCGAGCGAGGACGUGGGUCGCGACGAGGCGAACGUGCAGUCGCUGCUGAAGAAGCACAAGGACGUGACGGACGAGCUGAAGAACUACGCCUCGGCCAUCGAGGCGCUGCACCAGCAGGCUGAGCAGCUGGGCGAGCAGGACCGCCGGUCGCAGGAGGUGCUGGAGCGGCUGGAGAGCAUCGACCACCGCUACAAGGAGCUGCUGGAGCUGGCCAAGCUCCGCAAGCAGCGCCUGCUCGACGCCCUGUCCCUCUACAAGCUGCUCAGCGAGUCGGACGGCGUCGAGCAGUGGAUAGGGGAGAAGGACCGCAUGCUGGAGACGAUGGUCCCGGCCAAGGACAUAGAGGACGUGGAGAUCAUGAAGCACCGUUACGACGGCUUCGAGAAGGAGAUGAACGCCAACGCGUCGCGCGUCGCCGUGGUGAACCAGCUGGCGCGGCAGCUGCUGCACGUUGAGCACCCGGACUCCGAGCAGAUCGUGGCGCGGCAGAACCAGCUGAACCACAAGUGGGCGGAGCUGCGCGAGAAGGCGGAGGGCAAGCGGGAGGAGCUGAACUCGGCGCACGGCGUGCAGACGUUCCACAUCGAGUGCCGGGAGACGGUGUCCUGGAUCGAGGACAAGAAGAGGAUCCUGCAGUCGACGGACAGCCUGGAGAUGGACCUGACGGGCAUCAUGACGCUGCAGCGCCGGCUGUCGGGCAUGGAGCGCGACCUGGCGGCCAUCCAGGCGAAGCUGGACGCCCUGGAGCAGGAGGCGGACUCCAUCGGCUCGGAGCACCCCGAGGAGGCGGCGGCCAUCCGCGAGCGCAUCGCCCAGAUCCAGCUCAUGUGGGAGCAGCUCACGCAGAUGCUGAAGGAGCGCGACUCGAAGCUGGAGGAGGCGGGGGACCUGCACCGCUUCCUGCGCGACCUGGACCACUUCCAGACGUGGCUGACGAAGACGCAGACGGACGUGGCCUCGGAGGACACGCCCGCGUCGCUGGCCGAGGCGGAGAAGCUGCUCAGCCAGCACCAGAGCAUCCACGAGGAGAUACAGAACUACACCGAGGACUACAGCAAGAUGAUGGAGUACGGCGAGCGCAUCACGGCCGAGCCGUCGACCCAGGACGACCCACAGUACAUGUUCCUGCGGGAGCGUCUGAAGGCGCUGCGGGACGGCUGGGAGGAGCUGCACCAGAUGUGGGAGAACCGGCAGCAGCUGCUGUCGCAGUCGCUGAACCUGCAGAUGUUCGACCGCGACGCCAAGCAGGCGGAGGUGCUGCUGUCCCAGCAGGAGCACGUGCUGAGCAAGGACGAGACUCCGACGAACUUGGAGCAGGCGGAGAACCUGAUCAAGCGGCACGAGGCCUUCCUCACCACCAUGGAGGCUAAUGACGACAAGAUCAACAGCGUGGUUCAGUUUGCUGGACGCCUCUGUGACGAGGGUCACUUUGCAGCGGACAAAGUGCACAAGAAGGCGGAGAGCAUAAACGACCGCCGCAACGCCAACAGAGACAAGGCCCUGGAGUACAUGGACAAGUUGAAGGACUUGCUGCAACUUCAUCAGUUCCUACAGGAUUGCGAGGAACUGGGAGAAUGGGUGCAGGAGAAAAAUAUCACUGCGCAGGACGAAACCUAUCGUAGUGCCAAGACCGUUCAUAGCAAGUGGACGAGGCAUCAAGCGUUCGAAGCGGAGAUUGCUUCCAAUAAGGACCGGCUGGUCAAAAUACAACAGGCCGCGGAGGAGCUGAUGCAGGAGAAGCCGGAGCUGGCCCAGCUCAUCCGCCCCAAGAUCAGCGAGCUGGACCAGCAGUUCGACGACCUGGAGGCGGCCACCAAGGGGAAGGGGGAGCGCCUGUUCGACGCCAACCGGGAGGUGCUGCUCCACCAGACCUGCGACGACAUCGACUCCUGGAUGACGGACCUGGAGAAGCAGAUCGAGUCGGAGGACACGGGCAACGACCUGGCCUCCGUCAACAUCCUCAUGCAGAAGCAGCAGAUGAUCGAGACGCAGAUGGCGGUGAAGGCAAAGCAGGUGACGGAGCUGGAGAAGCAGGCGGAGUACAUCAAGCGCACGGCCCCGGAGAAGAUGGACGAGAUCCAGCAGAAGAAGGUGAAGGUGGAGGAGCGCUUCCAGCAGCUCAAGGCCCCGCUGCUGGAGCGGCAGCAGCAGCUCGAGAAGAAGAAAGAGGCCUUCCAGUUCCGCCGCGACGUCGAGGAUGAGAAGCUGUGGAUAGCCGAGAAGAUGCCUCAGGCCACGUCCACGGACUACGGAAACAGCUUGUUUAACGUCCACAUGCUCAAGAAGAAGAAUAAGUCUCUGAACAACGAGAUUGACAACCACGAGCCGCGCAUCAAGGCCAUCUGCAGCAACGGGCAGAAGCUGAUCGACGAAGGUCACGAGGACUCCCCGGAGUUCAAGACGCGCAUCGAGGAGCUGCUGGACAAGUGGCAGGUCCUCAAGGACGCCGUGGACAACCGUCACAACCUGCUCCUGCAGUCGGAGAAGGCACAGCAGUAUUUCUUCGAUGCGAACGAGGCGGAGUCGUGGAUGAGCGAGCAGGAGCUGUACAUGAUGGUGGAGGACCGCGGCAAGGACGAGAUCUCCGCCCAGAACCUGAUGAAGAAGCACGAGAUCCUGGAGCUGGCGGUGGAGGACUACGCCGACACCAUCCGGCAGCUCGGCGAGACGGCCCGCCAGCUGACCAGCGAGGGCCACGAGCUCAGCGACCAGAUCGCGGUGAAGCAGUCGCAGGUGGACAAGCUGUACGCGGGCCUCAAGGACCUGGCCGGGGAGCGGCGCGCCAAGCUGGACGAGGCGCUGCAGCUGUUCAUGCUGAACCGCGAGGUGGAUGACCUGGAGCAGUGGAUCGCGGAGCGCGAGCUGGUGGCCGCCUCGCACGAGCUGGGGCAGGACUACGACCACGUCACCCUGCUGUGGGAGAGGUUCAAGGAGUUUGCGCGCGACACGGAGGCCAUCGGCUCGGAGCGCGUGGCCGCCGUGAACAGCAUCGCGGACCAGCUGAUCGGGGCGGGCCACUCGGACUCUGCCACCAUCGCCGAGUGGAAGGACGGCCUCAACGAGGCGUGGCAGGACCUGCUGGAGCUCAUCGACACCAGGACGCAGAUGCUGGCUGCCUCGCGGGAGCUGCACAAGUUCUUCCACGACUGCAAGGACGUGCUGGGGCGGAUCCUGGAGAAGCAGCACGCCAUGUCGGACGAGCUGGGGCGCGACGCGGGCUCCGUGUCCGCCCUGCAGCGCAAGCACCAGAACUUCCUGCAGGACCUGCUCACGCUGCAGUCGCAGGUCCAGCAGAUCCAGGACGAGUCGGCCAAGCUGCAGGCGUCGUACGCGGGCGACAAGGCCAAGGAGAUCACCAACCGGGAGGCGGAGGUGAUGAGCGCCUGGGCCAACUUGCAGGCCAUGUGCGACGGCCGGCGCCAGAAGCUGGCCGACACCGGCGACCUGUUCAAGUUCUUCAACAUGGUGCGCACGCUCAUGCUGUGGAUGGACGACGUGGUGCGGCAGAUGAACACCUCGGAGAAGCCCCGGGAUGUGAGCGGAGUGGAGCUGCUCAUGAACAACCACCAGAGCCUGAAGGCGGAGAUCGACGCGCGCGAGGACAACUUCACGGCGUGCAUCUCCCUGGGCAAGGAGCUGCUGUCGCGGAACCACUACGCGUCGGCGGAGAUCAAGGAGAAGCUGCUGUCGCUGACCAACCAGCGCAACUCGCUGCUGCACCGCUGGGAGGAGCGCUGGGAGAACCUGCAGCUGAUCCUGGAGGUGUACCAGUUCGCGCGGGACGCGGCCGUGGCGGAGGCCUGGCUGGUGGCCCAGGACCCGUACCUCUUCAGCCAGGAGCUGGGGCACACGAUCGACGAAGUGGAGAACCUGAUAAAGAAGCACGAGGCGUUUGAGAAGUCGGCGGCGGCGCAGGAGGAGAGGUUCAGCGCGCUGGAGCGGCUCACGACGCAUGAACGUCAGAUGUGUAAGGGUGGUGGCAGGUUGGUGUCGCUGGCUCCCGUCCUGCCUCUCCACGGUCACUCGUACCCUCCCAGCUACUUCUGCCCUCCCACCCCACCUGCCGAAUAUGCCCGUAACGUAGUCCUGCCUCGGAGCGCUAGCCACUCGUCCUCCCGCAAGCGGAAAGUCAAGACGGACGAGCGAGUCAUUAAGGAGAUCCUUCUGGAUAGCGAGAAGUUCUACAACCCGAAUCGCAGGCAGCAUCCUCGCGAGUUCACUUCGACGGGGACCAGACUCGUGUAUCCUCCAGGCGCCAUGAGGGGUGCGGGCGGCAAACCGAGCAGCUUCCGGUCGUUCUUGUGGAGCUCUGAUUGGGGCAGGGGUUCCGAGCCCGACAGCCCUCUUUACGAACCGGACAACUUGCAGCUUGUUUACUCCAAGCAGCACGGGGGGAAAGGCUGGUCUAGUUUCCAGGAUGAAUUCGAGCCUCUAAAUUCUGUGUCGUCAGCCCCACAGUUUAGCGUGGACCUAGCUCAGACAUCUCCAGUCGCGUAUAUGAGGCAGACUUCCCUUCAAGAAAGGGAGAUGGCCGAUCUCAACUCCCAAAUCUCUGCGUUGACGCACGGUUUAGACACUCUGGACGGUCAUGGUGCAUCGUAUUACGACAGAGAUGGGAGCUUGCCUCGUAGCCACGGCUCGACUCUACCCCGCCUCCACGAGGGGGAAAACGAGCCGGUGGGUUUCUUUUUAUCGCCCAAGUCUCUGCAGGAUCACAUGUUCACGUUCCACAGCGACACAGGGGAUGUGCGGGGGCCGGCUAGGAGCCCUGGUGGGGGCGUGGACUCGGGCCGUAGUAGCGUCAGUAGCGCUGGUAGGAGAACUAUCCACCUGAGCACUUCCCCCCUCCCCUUCAGCCAUGCUCGGGAUUACUUGUACCACCCUGCCUCGUGCGCCACAGCUGACUUUUUGGCUAACGAGCUGCAGUUUGAGCUGAAGGAGCUGAAGAGAAGGCAAGAGGAGGAGGAGAGGAAGAGACAGGAGGAACUAGCGGCCAAGCAGACACCACCUCCCAGCUCGCCGGAUGAACAGCCGAGCGAAAGGGUGGACGGUGAAGUCUCGCCGGAAGCGGAGGCAGUGCAGGUGAACGGCGAGAAGGAGGCAGAAACGCGAGAAGCCUCGCGCAAGCCCUCCGCCAGAGCGACGGCGGCUGCCGAGAGACCCGCGCCCAGGGAAGUGCAUGACUCUCCCGCGCCGCCCCGAGCCCCGGAGGCGCUCCCCUCCUCCUCGCAGGUCGGAGUCUCGCUCGCCGGCUCUCCGCAACGUUCGCCACGCUCGCCUGUCUCGCCCACUCCGAGGGCGGGGGCUAAGGACUCGCCCGCCUCGACUCUGGACCGCAAGAAAGACCGCUCGCGCUCAAAGUCCCCGUUCAGGAGCUUCCGCUGGAAGAAGUCGCCCGGGCUGCCCAAGAGCCCGUCGUCGCGGAGCGCGGGCGCGCACAGCGACGAUGAGGCAAGCCUGGAGCGAGCCGCAGAGCGCCAGAGCCCUGGGGGAGAGGACGACCAGUUCGAAGGACUGUUGGUGCGCAAGCACGAGUGGGAGUCCACCACCAAGAAGGCCACCAACAGGUCCUGGGACAAGAUAUACGUGGUGCUGAGGGGCAACCUGCUGUUCUUCUACAAGGACCAGAAGUCCUUCAAGUCCGCGCCCGAGUCGCUCUUCAAGAACGAGAGCCCGGUGGAUCUGCGAGGCGGCACGGCCGUCGUCGCGACUGACUACGUCAAGCGGAAGCAUGUCUUCAGGGUCAAGCUGGCGAACGGGGCAGAGUACCUGUUCCACGCCAAGGAUGACGAGGAGCUGAACCAGUGGAUGUCCCGCAUCGUGGUGCAGUGCGAGCUGGAGGGGUCGGCCGGCCCGUCUCGCUCCCAGACCCUGCCCGCGUCCGGCGACCGCAAGGACGAGCCCAAGAGGAGGAGCUUCUUCACACUCAAGAAAAACUAAGCGUAUGAAAUCGAGGCUCACGUCUUCUGUCGCUGACUGGCAGCUCUGUGGAUGCACCGACGGCCCGAACAAGAAACUACCACGAGGUUGGCAUCUUGUGACGUUGAUGGAGAAGUCGCAUGAACCUAUAGGGCGCCUCGGUUUGAUUCGUGCGUUAUUUAAAUACUACGUCUCAUAUGGUUUUGAAAUAUCUUGACACCUUAAUAUUUAUUGCCUGCAAGCUGUCUUAUCGCUGGUCGCCUGAAGGUUGUGCUCUCCAGACUUGACGUACUUCAAAAUACAUAUUCGCAAUACAUCUUUUUGGCCCUGAAGAGAAGAAUUGUGGCUGUAUUUUUAAAAUUUCCUGGUGUGUGGUUCAAGAAACAUGCUGAGAAUUGUGUUGGAGCCAGAGUGAGUUAAGUUGUAUUAUAUUACUGCCAGACAAAACAGUUGAUUUUGGAGUUAGGAAUAUUUAGUGCGAUCAUAUGCAAACAGUAUCCUUAAAGUGUGUUUCUUUCAAAGUGGACUCUGCGCUGAAUUCACGCUGUAAUUAUAGCAACUUAAGUCAUAUCUUGAAUUUGCUUGAUUGAUGCAGUUACGUUAAUCUUCGUGAACUUACUGUGGAUCAUACUGCUUCAUGCCCGUCUCUCUUUUAAGUGUGCGUAUGUUUAAAAGUUGAGCAAUAUUUUCUUCCUUGCUGUUUAGAAAGUAAGUCAUGACUCCAAGGAUGAAAGUGCAGAUUUGUUAAAUACUGUUGUGUAUGUACGUACGUAAACUGAAUUCAUUAUUUGCUUUGAUAUCUUGUUUAUAGCAGGUAUGUAUUAUUGUUUUUGUGAAUUAUAUAUUUUUUUAAUUUAGCUACACAUUUUUAAGUCAAUAUACAUGUACUAAGAUUGUUUGAAAAAAUUUUAACUUUAUGCAUUUUACACUUCAUUUAAGAAUUAAUUUCAGUGUUACUUUUGGAAGUGGUGUCAGCAGAUGAUUGUGACCAUUGAUCACCAUGUUGAAUGUGUAGGUGAGACAUGAAGAGAUAUUUUUACCAUAAAGCUUAUUUGUCGCCUUUGAACGACUACAAACUGUGAAAUGCGUGGUUAUCACUUGUCAGUGUGACCAGGACAUUUGCGACAAACAUUAAUUGUUCUUUUGUCUUCAGAAGUAUAUUAUAUGGUAAAGUUAUGUAUUUUUAAGUAAUUUCAGAGAGAAAAUUUAAAAUUAAAUUAUUAGUUACUAAAUAGUAGAGCUAGUCAGUUUCAAAUAUAUAGUUAAGUAAAAAGAUUGUAUAUGGAAAAAAUGAACUGUAUUAUGGAAAGCUAUCUCUGGAAUGGAAAGAAAAUUGGAAGCUUCAUGUUACUCAUGCAUUUAAAACAAAAAAAUUACAAACUUUUUACGCAUCAUGUACUGUUUGGCCUUCACUCGUUUUGAGAUUAUGCAUCAAUAAAUGUAGUAUUUCGGGUUCAUGCCACACUUUCUACAUCACAGUAAUCAGCUUCCAUUUUCUUUGAGUAAAGUUUUGGUUGAUUCUUGCUUCCACAUCAGGCUGUACUUGUUCCACAAUGUGUUAAGUUUUUUAAAGAAAGAAAUGCUGACAGAGUUAUGUAUUAUUGGGACAAAUAUCUUAUGCUUUCAGUAAUAAAAGUGUUUAAAUACAA